CUCACGCGCGCCGGCCUGCAGGGCCGCACCGGGCUGGCUCUCUACGUGGCCGGGCUCAAUGCGCUGCUGCUGCUGCUCUACCGGCCGCCGCGCUACCAGAUAGCCAUCCGAGCUUGUUUCCUUGGCUUUGUGUUUGGCUGCGGUGUGCUGCUAAGUUUCAGCCAGUCUUCUUGGAAUCACUUUGGCUGGUACGUGUGCUCGCUGUCAUUAUUCCACUAUUCUGAGUACUUAGUGACAGCUGUCAAUAACCCCAAAAGUCUCUCCUUGGAUUCCUUCCUCCUGAAUCACAGUCUGGAGUACACGGUGGCCGCUCUUUCUUCCUGGAUAGAGUUCACACUUGAAAACAUCUUUUGGCCAGAACUGAAGCAGAUCACCUGGCUCAGCACCACUGGGCUGCUGAUGGUGGUGUUUGGGGAAUGCCUGCGGAAAGCGGCCAUGUUUACAGCUGGCUCCAAUUUCAACCACGUGGUGCAGAGUGAGAAGUCAGACACCCACACUCUGGUGACGAGCGGGGUGUACGCCUGGUUCCGGCAUCCCUCCUACGUGGGGUGGUUUUACUGGAGUAUCGGAACCCAGGUGAUGCUGUGUAACCCCAUCUGCGGUGUUGUCUACGCCCUGACGGUAUGGCGCUUCUUUCGUGAUCGCACGGAAGAGGAGGAGAUCUCGCUGAUUCACUUCUUUGGGGAGGAAUACUUGGAGUAUAAGAAGCGGGUGCCCACGGGUCUGCCUUUCAUAAAGGGAGUCAAGGUGGAGCUAUGACGGGCAGAGGCCUGCGGGGCCAGGGAAUCUCUGGCCCUGCGCGGCCUAGGACAGAACUGCUUCCAGUUGGCCUCUGCAGAAUGAGUUUCUUAACCAUUUUAUACAUCACUAAUUACUCCUCAGAAUGUCACCCAAGACCUAACGGUCAGAAGGCCUUAGGACCACAGGGCCCACUGCAGCAUUCUCUUGUGCGUACUGAAGACAGAGUACAGAUAAACAGUGAAUAAGGAGCGUGUCACAAUGGUCCCAUCAGCGCCCUUUCUACAGUGCGGGGUGAGGACCCAAGCCACAGUCUCACGCCCCCUCAGGCUAGAGUGUAUUUGCAUUGUCACCAGGACACUCGGGAGAAGACACUGCCCUCUGCAGCACUCAUGCCAGAAUGUGUAGUCAGAGCUGCCUCAUAAUAGCGUUCAAAUUACACCAAAACCCUUUAAUUUAACCGAAAACAAAACAUAGCUUUAACCUUGUCUGCCCUAAGUGCAUGAGCAUCUGUGUUAACUCCAAAGGCUUUUACACUUUGGCUCAUUAUACAUUAAUCAUCCUUCCACGCCAGUUUCCUAAAACAGCAGUGUGGAUUCAGAGGGACACGGAUGCUCCAACGGGCAGCACGGACCCCUCAGAGCAACCAUUGCACUCUGCCUGAGGAUGCGGGCCUGGGUCUCCUGCAGCCCUGGCCUCAGAGAUUGUGUUCCCAGGAAGUAUUUUUCAGGUGCCUGUGCUAAUGUUGAGAAGUACUGGCCUCUGUGUGUUUGGGAUUUUUAUUCAUUUUAUCAUAA